AUGAAAUUGAGGGAUAUUGCUAAAAGAUUCUUGAGGUUUGAGGUUGGAAAUGGAGAAAGCAUACAUCUUUGGUUGGACAGGUGGCAUCCUGCUGGAGUUUUGUUUGAAAAUUUUGGUUAUAGGGUUGUUUAUGAUGCCAUAAGUAGUUUGGAAGCCAAGCUAGCGACUGUUAUUCAAAAUGGUAAUUGGUUUUGGAGACCAGCUAGAUCAGAGGACUUGGUUGAGAUUCAAGCAAGAUUAACUGAAGUUGAUUUGGGUCUUUGUGAUACACCUGUUUGGAAUGCCUCCAGGAAAAGAGUUUAUGCUUUCAUUCUAUGGCUUUCUAUGAAGGAUAGACUAAUAACAGGGGAAAGAUUGCUGAAAUGGGGUUAUCAAGUUGUCUAUAGCCUUUGGCUCACUAGGAAUGAAUUUGUUCAUGACGGACAGCCAUGUACAGAGGAGCAGAUUUUGAAAAAGAUUGUUUGGGAAGUUCGAAAUAGAAUUUCUGGGAGAGGAAAAUAUCCCAGAACUAAGGAGAACAUCAUGCUUUGUUCCUUGUGGAACUUAUUUGAAGAGCUACUCAUGUAG